AUGUUGGACAAGGCGUGGACGCAAAGUCCGAACGAUGUCCUCGCGCAUUUCGGCACGGACUCCGCCAAUGGUCUCACCGACGAGCAGGUCGUGCAGCACCGCAAGCUGUACGGCGCCAAUAAGCUCCAGGAGUCUGAGCCCACCUCUCUGAUCGCCCUCGUGCUCGCUCAGUUUGAGGACCAGCUCGUGCUGAUCCUCCUGGGUUCAGCCGUCGUCUCGUUCGUCCUUGCGCUUUUCGAGGACACUUCCGGGAACUGGUUGACUGCCUUUGUUGAGCCGCUCGUCAUCCUGCUCAUCCUCAUCGCAAACGCUGUUGUCGGAGUCGUCCAGGAGAGUAACGCUGAGAAGGCUAUCGAUGCGCUGAAGGAGUACUCGCCCGACGAGGCGAAUGUCUACCGCAAUGGUCGUCUCGUCAAGAUUCCCGCUGCCGACCUCGUCCCCGGCGACAUCGUCUCGGUCCAUGUUGGUGACCGCAUUCCCGCCGACUGCCGCAUCAUCAGCUUCUCCUCAAGCUCGUUCCGCGUGGACCAGGCCAUGCUGACGGGUGAGAGUAUGAGUGUGCCGAAGACCGACGCUAUUGUGAAAGACGAGGGUGCCGUGAAGCAGGACAUGACCAACAUUCUCUUCGCGGGCACGACGGUCGUCAAUGGCGCUGCCAAGGCGGUGGUCGUCCUGACUGGCGAGAAGACGGCUCUGGGUGCGAUUCACUCCUCGAUUGCGGACAAGGACGAUGAGGACGAGAAGACGCCGCUGAAGCGCCAGCUGGAUGAGUUCGGCGACCAGCUUGCCAAGGUCAUCUCCGUCAUCUGUGUUCUGGUAUGGCUCGUCAACUUCCGCAACUUCUCCGACCCCACCCAUCACGGCUGGCUCAAGGGCGCGAUUUACUACCUCAAGAUCGCUGUCGCGCUCGCCGUCGCCGCUAUUCCCGAGGGACUUGCGGCCGUUAUCACCGCCUGCCUCGCGCUCGGCACGAAGAAGAUGGCAAAGCAGGGUGCCAUCGUACGCCACCUGCCGUCCGUCGAGACGCUCGGCUGCACGAAUGUCAUCUGUUCCGACAAGACUGGCACGCUCACGACAAACCAGAUGAGCGUCGCGCGGUUCUUGACCAUCAACUCUGACGGCGUCGCCGAGUUCCAGGUCGGCGGCACGACAUACGCCCCUACCGGAUCCGUCUCCACCAUGGCUGGCGAGUACGCGCCGAAGGAGCUCGUCCGCACCGCGCCGGUCGACAAGCUCGUCGAGAUUUGCUCCAUCUGCAACGACGCCAAGGUCAACUACCACGACGAGACGGACACGUACACGAACGUCGGCGAGCCGACUGAGGCGGCGAUGCGUGUCCUCGUCGAGAAGCUCGGUUCGGACGAGGACGCCUUCAACUCGACUCUCUCUGCGUUGACACCCGCGCAGCGUGCCAUGGCCGUGAACGAGCACUUUGAGUCUCGCAUCGAGCGCCUGCUCACGUUCGAGUUCACGCGCGACCGCAAGUCCAUGUCCGUCCUUACUUCUAACAACGGCAAGGUCUCGCUGCUCGUUAAGGGUGCGCCGGAGAGCAUUCUCGAGCGUUGCACGAGUGUCAUCACCCCCAACGGCAUCAAGCCCCUUUCGGCCGAGGUGAAGAGGCAGAUCGACCAGAAGCAGCAAGAGUACGGCGCCCAUGGUCUGCGCACGCUCGCCCUCGCGUACGUCGAGGAGGAUGACGGAGACAUUUCGCACUACAAGUCCGAGUCGUCUGAUGAUUACGUCCGUUUUGAGCAGAACAUGACUUUUGUCGGCCUGGUCGGCAUGCUCGACCCUCCCCGCCCCGGCGUCCGAGACGCGAUCGAGAGCUGCCGCAAGGCGGGUAUUCGCACCAUUGUGAUCACGGGCGACAACAAGUCGACGGCCGAAACGAUUUGUCGCCAGAUCGGCGUGUUUGGCGCUGACGAGGAUGUGACCGGCAAGUCGUUCACGGGCCGCGAGUUCGAUGCCCUUUCGCCCCAGGCAAAGCUUGAGGCGAUCCAGCACGCUUCGCUCUUCUCGCGCACGGAGCCGACGCACAAGAGCCAGCUUGUCGACCUGCUCCAGUCUCAGGGCCUAAUUGUCGCCAUGACGGGCGACGGUGUCAACGACGCUCCGGCACUGAAGCGCGCCGACAUCGGUAUUGCGAUGGGCAGCGGCACGGAUGUCGCCAAGCUCGCGAGCGACAUGGUCCUGACCACGAACAACUUCACGACCAUCGAGGGUGCCGUUAAGGAGGGAAGGAACAUCUACAACAACACGAAGCAGUUCAUCCGGUACCUCAUCUCGUCCAACAUUGGCGAAGUGUUCAGCAUCUUCCUCACCGUCCUGCUCGGCCUGCCCGAGGGACUCAUCCCGAUCCAGCUCCUUCUCGUCAACCUGUCCACGGACGCGGCGCCCGCCAUGGCGCUCGGAUUCAACAAGCCGGACCAUCACAUCAUGACUUCCCCGCCGCGCCGCGCCAACGCUCCGCUGAUCACCAAGUGGCUCUUCCUGCGCUACCUCAUCGUUGGCCUUUAUGUCGGCCUCGCGACUGUCGGGGGAUAUGUCUGGUGGUUCACGACCUACGCGGACGGCCCCAAGAUCAGCUGGCACGAGCUGACGCACUUCCACUCGUCCGUGACGCGGUUCAACGGCGAGAAGCUCUUCCUGCCCAACACGUUCCCGCAAAAGUCUGGCUCGACCAUGUCGCUCACCAUCCUCGUCGUCAUCGAGAUGCUGAACGCGUGCAACGCCCUGUCCGAGAAUGAGUCGCUCCUCACGCUCCCCGUGUGGACGAACCCGUACCUCGUCCUCGCCAUUGCGGGCAGCAUGAUCGGCCACUGCAUCAUCCUGUACACCCCCUUCCUCGCCGACCUGUUCCAGGUCGUGCCCCUGAGCUGGACAGAGUGGAAGACGGUCCUCGCCCUCUCGCUCCCUGUCAUUCCCAUCGAUGAGGCGCUCAAGUGGGCCACGCGGACUUUUGGCCUCGAGGAGGACUCGGUGCCUCCAAUCUCUGACGAGGAACUCGUCGAGGACGUCCUCAAGAAGGAAUAG